AUGGCCAGUAACGAUGUUAUACACAUAGCUAAGACCAGUAACGAUGGUAUACACAUAGCUAUGGCCAUUAAUGAUGGGAAACACAUAGUUAUGGCCAGUAACGAUGGUAUACACAUAGCUAUGGCCAGUAACGAUGGUAUACACAUAGCUAAGACCAGUAACGAUGUUAUACACAUAGCUAAGGCCAGUAACGAUGUUAUACACAUAGCUAUGGCCAGUAACGAUGUUAUACACAUAGCUAUGGCCAGUUACGAUGGUAUACACAUAGCUAAGGCCAGUAACGAUGGUAUACACAUAGUUAUGGCCAGUAACGAUGUUAUACACAUAGCUAUGGCCAGUAACGAUGUUAUACACAUAGCUAAGACCAGUAACGAUGUUAUACACAUAGCUAUGGCCAUUAAUGAUGGGAAACACAUAGUUAUGGCCAGUAACGAUGGUAUACACAUAGCUAUGGCCAGUAACGAUGUUAUACACAUAGCUAUGGCCAGUUACGAUGUUAUACACAUAGCUAAGACCAGUAACGAUGGUAUACACAUAGCUAUGGCCAUUAAUGAUGGGAAACACAUAGUUAUGGCCAGUAACGAUGGUAUACACAUAGCUAUGGCCAGUAACGAUGUUAUACACAUAGCUAUGGCCAGUAACGAUGUUAUACACAUAGCUAAGACCAGUAACGAUGGUAUACACAUAGCAAUGGCCAUUAAUGAUGGGAAACACAUAGUUAUGGCCAGUAACGAUGGUAUACACAUAGCUAUGGCCAGUAACGAUGUUAUACACAUAGCUAAGACCAGUAACGAUGGUAUACACAUAGCUAUGGCCAGUAACGAUGUUAUACACAUAGCUAAGACCAGUAACAAUGGUAUACACAUAGCUAUGGCCAUUAAUGAUGGGAAACACAUAGUUAUGGCCAGUAACGAUGGUAUACACAUAGGUAUGGCCAGUAACGAUGUUAUACACAUAGCUAUGGCCAGUAACGAUUGUAGACACAUAGCUAUUGCCUGA